AUGCCUCAAACACCAAAGACACCCUCGCGGCGGGACUCAUGGCCACCUACCCUGGUGCGCCUCGCCCCAACGAUUCCAAAGGACUAUCCAUCUCUCGACGAUAUUGACGAGGACCCCUUGACCUAUUUCUUGACACCCGCGCCCGACCUGGAAGACGAUGAAGACGUCACAAUGAUGGAUUUUGACGCCGGUAUCGAGGACAACAGCCCGCGCGAGAUCGUCCGCAGCGUGAGUCCGUCAAGCUUGGACGGGUUGGACAAGUCCAAGGGCCGGAAGUCACCCCCGGUACCCGAUCUCUCGGACCUCGCCACGCCAGACACGGACGAGGAGGAGGAAGAUUACAUCCGGCUCGCGCCGCAGGACUUCACGAUCCCCUUUAGCCUGCGCGACUUUGCAAUCGACGGCCUCAAGUCCAAGUCCCAGUCCCAGUCCCGCUCCUCCAAGCAGCCUUCGGACAUGCUGCUCUCGCCAUCAUCGUUCCCGCCCACCCGGGGCCGGGCUCCGGUGCGUCCCGGCGGGCGGGGCCGCCAGAGGACCACGUCGUACCGUCAUUACCGGCAGCAGCACGUCUGGCGCGAGCCGAGCCCGGACGUCUGGUCCAUCGAGGAGGAGACGGAAGAGGAGCUCAUGAGCGAGCUGGGCGGCAGUGUCGGCGCCGUAAGCGACAUGGAGGAGGACAUGAACGACAACGAGGAUGUGACGGACAAGAUAGGGGCCAGAGAUGAACAGGCUGCAAAGCCAAAGAAGAAGGUCCGAUUUUUGUUGCCCUCGAUGGAGUGA